GUUCAUUUGGAUAUUUCUGUUACGUCGAAUAAAAAUGAAGACCCUUGUGACGACGACGUUACUGGUGCUUUAUUGGAACGGCUUCUCAGAUGCUGGGGUUUCAAUGGACAAUCCAUUUUAUUGCUAUUCAACGGAUUUGAUACGACCGCAAGUACAAAUGCAUUCAACGCGAACGUCCUAUGAAGCGGUUCGUCGUACAUCCGUAAAUCCAGCGGUUUCAUCCUGCACUCCAUCUAGAUUUUGGUUUCUAAGUAGACAUGGAGGGCGAUUUCCCCAUCCUCCUGAUCUUCAGAAUAUGUUUGAUUUUGCUGACUCGUCGAUUCAAGCGGAUAUUGCUCGAAAUUACGAUGAGGGUCGAACCACAUUGUGUCGACAAGACUUUGAAGCGAUUCGUGAUUGGAGACGAGAUGCAAAUCUGACACUCGAAGAUGCGAGUCUAACAACGGAAGCGGGUCGAAUUGGAAUGCGAAAUAUAGCCCGGCGAUAUCAACAAUCUUUUCCGUCGAUUUUACCCGACACCUACGAUCGUGAACGCUUUCACUUCCGGCACACUCGCACCAUGCGUACCAACACAACGAUUCGAGCUUUUGCAAGCGGACUUUUCGGUGAAAGUGGAUCUGAUAAUGUUAUAUUCGAAGAUGUGCCCGACAAUGACUUCUUUCUGAGACCCAUCGAUUUUUGUCCAGCUUUUCGAGAAGAAGUUGAAGAUCAACACCAACAAGAAGCCUUUGAAAACGGACCUGAAUUCGAAGAAAUGAUGGACCAAAUUAACAGAAAGCUUGGAUUCCGUGGCUCGAAUCAAUUAAGCGUGGAUACCGUUCUGAUUAUGUGGGAAUGGUGUCGAUUUGAAACAGCCACUAAUUUUGAACUUUCAGAAUCAGAAAUUGGUGACCCUUCAUCAUGGUGCAUUCCAUUCAGUAUUCGUCAUCAUUCGAUACUUGAGUAUUACCAAGACCUGGGCUACUAUCACUUCACCGGAUAUGGUGUGCGAAAUCAACGAUUGAUACAAAAUCUCAACUGUGGCCUUAUGCAAGAUUUGCUUACUCAUUUACAAUCGAACGGUAGCAACGACCGCACAGUUCGAGUUUUUGUGACCUAUUCACAAAUGGUACAGGCGUUGAUGGUAACGCUGGGAGCAUUUAGAGAUGACAUCAAUUUGAAUCAACAUAACUUUGCACAACAGACAUCAAGACACUGGAAGACCAGUUUUCUAACACCAAAUGCUGCAAAUUUCGUUGUUAUACGCUAUGAUUGCGCCGAUGGUGAUCACGAUUUAAUUUUCUUGGUAAACGAGAGGCCCAUACUUGUGCCUGGAUGUGACAUCCAAACCGGCAUUUGUAAAUUAAGUUUUAUUUUGAAUCAAUUCGAACGAUUCAUUGGGGUUAAUUGUGAAGAUCUUUUUUGCACCAGCAACUAAAAUUCUCCUCAAAACGAGCCAGUGGAACACGACCGACUGACUUGACUUCUCUUUUGUCGGACGAAAAUUGAAAUAUAAAACUUCUGUGUUAAAAUAAUCAGUUUUAUACAAUAAAUAAACUGCUGGCUUCUUCCAUGA